GCCUCCAGUCCCGCGCCAUCCUCCUUGAGCACCGUGGAGGCCCGCCUGGCAAAGCUGGAUGCCGAACUGCAGCAGACCCUCAAAGUUCCGCAGAUUGAGGAGUACCUGGAAGCAGAGAGGGCUGCAACGACAGCGCAACUCGAAGAUUUUGCAAAGGUCCUGCACGAGCAUGAGGUAAGUAUGGCGAAGGUGGUCAUGAAUCCGUCUACAAGCUUGCAGAAACGUGAAGAAGAGAGUCGACCACCAUUUUUUGAGGAGCCUUUGCCGAAGCUCUUGGAGGGAAGGCAUAUCAAAGCGCAGCUGGAUGACUUCAACCAAAGCAUUGUCGGCCUCAGAAGUGACCUACAGGUUCUUGCUGCGCAAACCGAGUGGCGCUUGGGAGCUUUGGAAAAGGUUGGGCGCAUUCAAGAAUCCGCACCAUGA